CGAUUCCAUCACCCACGAUUUGUGAUUUCUUCUACAAGACGAAACCACUUUAGUAAUACUUGGAGCGAAAGGACGAAGUUUCUAGAUAACAGUCGUCGAAAGCUAAGGUCGUCAAGUCAACCAGACCAGGUCUUUCUCUUUAUUUGUUCAGAGCUGAGCAGCUCCUCCCCAUCACUGAGACGCCUGAGAUCUUGACUUCGGAAGUCUGCACGCGGCGUUACAAUGGCAAGCGAACUUGAAAAGAAGGCCAAUGAAGCGUUCUUCGAGGAUGACUUCCCUCUCGCUGUUCAUUUGUACUCUCAAGCAAUCGACUUGGAUCCCUCCAACGCCGAUUUCUUUGCCGACAGAGCUCAGGCCCACAUUAAACUCAACAACUUCACUGAAGCGGUUUCGGAUGCAAACAAAGCAAUCGAAUUGAACUCAUGGUUGACAAAAGCGUAUCUUCGUAAAGGGACUGCAUGUUUAAAGCUUAAAGAGUAUCAUACUGCCAAGGUGGCGCUUGAGACUGGUGCUUCACUGUGUCAAAAUGAUUCAAGAUUCACCAAGUUGAUCGACGAAUGUAAUCGCCAUGUCACAAAGGAAUCCAAUGGUCUCACUAACUCUUUAUCAACAAAUGGGGCAGCAUUGACUGUAUUGCCUACUAGAACUGAAGAAGAUGAAAGAUUUAGUCAUGCGAGUCAAACACACACUGAUACCUCUGCGAAACCAAGAUACAGACACGAAUACUUCCAAAAACCAGAGGAAGUGGUUUUGACAAUUUUUGCAAAAGGAAUACCCGCAAAAAAUGUGGUGGUUCAGUUUGGUGAACAAAUUCUGAGCAUUACUAUUGAUGUUCCUGGCCAAGAAGCCUAUCGCUAUCAAUCUCGAUUAUUCGGAAAGAUAAUACCUGAUAAGUGCAGAUUUGAGGUGUUGUCAACCAAAGUUGAAAUCCGUCUAGCAAAAGCUGAAGAUAUUAAUUGGACAUCUUUUGAAUAUGCCAAGGAUGCACUUCCUCAGACAAAAAAUAUUCCAUCAACUGGAUCUCAUAGGCCUACAUACCCAUCAUCAAAGGCAAAGAAAGACUGGGAUAAGCUGGAAGCUCAAGUAAAGAAAGAGGAGAAGGAAGAAAAGCUAGAUGGUGAUGCUGGUCUGAACAAGCUGUUCAGAGAUAUAUUCCAAAAUGCAGAUGAGGACAUGAGGAGAGCGAUGACUAAGUCAUUUGUGGAGUCCAAUGGGACAGUGCUGUCAACAGACUGGAAAGAAGUGGGAUCCAAGAAGGUUGAGGGCAGUCCUCCGGAAGGCAUGGAGAUGAAGAAAUGGGAAUACUGAUUGACCCCGCAGUAACUGCAGUCGUAGCUUGAUUUCAAAUUAUUUUCUCUCCUUGUUGUAAGAAUUGUGGCUUCAAAACUUGCCUCCUUUCUUCUCAGAGACCAAUAACUUUCUUUUGUUUGAAAAGACUUGUUGAGCUUGAAUUAAUGAGUUGUGAAAAUCCCGUAUUUGUGAUCAGCUCCUGAGCUAAUGAGUAAAACCAUUUCUGGUGAA